AUGACAGUCACUGCGCAGCAACUUGACGAAACUUUGUCAUCGGCUAAUUUGGCCAAGGACAAGUUUACAUCCAUUGACCACUCUAACAUCCCAUUUGAGGAGGAAGAAUGGCCCGUCAUAAUAAUUGGUUCCAGCAUGGUUGGAAAGACCCUUGGUCUUCUCCUUGGUUAUCAUGGUAUCAAGUCAGUCUCGUUUGAUCGUCACUCCAAAGCCGGUGCCCAUCCACGAGCCGCAGGCAUCAACUUUCGCACCAGCGAGAUCCUCCGCCAAUUGGGCUUGGAAGAGUUCACUCUGGAGCAGAGCGGUAAAGAAUUUGAUCUCAAUGCCGGUAUGCUGAUUGUAGAAAAGCUUGUGGGCGGCAAAGUUAUCAAACAUCUCCAAGAGCAUGAUCCUGAACACGUCAGGAGCUUUACCCCUUCCAACUGGGUAUGGAUAUCGCAGAGAAUGUUUGAACCGAUUCUGGGCCAGAAUGCCGAAAAGUUCAACAGUGAACAGCGCCAUGGCCAUCAAGUCCUUCUUUACGAGGAACAUGACGAUUAUGUUAUCGUUGUCGUCAAGGAUCUGACCACUGGCGAUAUCAAGAAGUAUAAGACGCCGUAUGUGGUUGCAUGCGAUGGCAAUAGAAGCCCAACCCGCCAAAACGAGGGUAUCAGCUGGGAUGGGCCAGGUAUUCUUCGAAACAGUCUUGGGGUCAGCUUCAAGUCAGAUUUAAGUCCCUUUAUCGGGAAGAGAAUGGUCCACGGAGUGGUCUAUGUGACGAAUAAAGACAUCGGAGGAGGUUUCAGACUGGAGAACGAGGGAAAGCAAGGCAUUAUCAUGGUUAACAAUGUUGGAUCCAAGACCAGCUUCGAGCCUGGGACCGUUACAGCGGAAGAUGCCAAACAAUACUUUUAUCAGCUGUCUGGCCUGACUCCUGACCAGGUGGAUCCGCAAAUCGUGUCGAUGAAUUACUGGACUAUGGCAGCAUAUACCGCUGGACGCUUUGAGAGCAAGGGUGGCCGUGUCUUCCUUGCCGGAGACGCCGCGCAUACUAUGCCGCCCACUGGAGGCUUGGGAGGGAAUACCGGGAUAGCUGAUGCUCAUAAUCUUGCAUGGAAGUUGGCAUAUGUCCUAUCCAGAAAGGCCGCCCAGUCACUACUUGCAACCUACAAUAUCGAGCGACAACCCAUUGACGAGUUCACUGUUAAUCAGGCAUAUAAUCGAUUCCAAAACAGGAUUGUCAUGCAGCAGCCUCCAGCUUCAGAGGCCCCGGAUGAAUCUAUUGAGCUGGGUUUCAGGUAUCCUCGGGGUGGAGCAUUUGUCCCAGAGGAAAAGUACCCGAUUCCCAAGGAGCUCUAUGACGAUCCGGCUUUACCCUCAGCAGUCCCUGGUUCUCGAUUCCCUCACUCCUACCUCGACGAUGACAGUUCGCCUGGUAAAAGUAUCUCAACAAUCGAUUUGGUAAAGAGAAACCUUGUUCUCGUCACGAUAGACCCAGACUCCCCUUGGAUUGCCGCCGCCGGCAAAGUGCCAAUUGAGAUUGAUGCUUAUACUUUGAACGCCACAUCAUGCCCGUAUAGAGAUGUAAAAGGCGAUGUUGAGAAGAAAUGUCGUCUGAAGCCGGGCGAGGCGAUCUUGGUGCGGCCUGAUGGCUUUAUCGCUUGGCGAGGCACGAAGGCUGAUGGUGGACAUGAGAAGCAGUUGAAGGAUGGAAUCAAUGCAGUUCUGGGAAAGUAA